AUGGACAAGCUGCUGCUUUGGGUGUCGAUCUUCACCAGCCUUCUUUCAGAAGCCUUUGCUCAGGCCGACCUCAAAUCGAAGGUAUUUGUGUUCCCCAGAGAAUCUGAAACUGAUCAUGUGAAGCUGAUCCCACAUCUAGAGAAACCUCUGCAGAAUUUUACACUGUGUUUCCGAACCUACAGCGAACUUUCCCGCUCUCACAGUCUUUUCUCCUACAGUGUCAGGGGCAAAGACAAUGAGCUACUAAUUUAUAAAGAAAGAGUUGGAGAAUAUAGCCUAUACAUCGGAAAUUCAAAAGUCACGGUCCAUAGUGUGGAAGAAUACCUUUCUCCAGUACACUUAUGUACUACCUGGGAGUCCUCCUCUGGCAUUGCUGAAUUUUGGGUCAAUGGAAAGCCUUUGGUAAAAAAGGGGUUGCAGAGGGGAUACACUGUGCAAGCCCCACCCAGUAUAAUCCUGGGACAGGAGCAGGAUAGCUAUGGAGGAAGGUUUCAAAAGUCACAGUCCUUUGUGGGAGAGUUUGCGGAUUUGUACAUGUGGGACUAUGUGCUGACCCCACAAGACAUCCUACUUGCAUACAGAGAUUUCCCUAUCAAUCCUAAUAUUAUAGAUUGGCAGGCUCUGAAGUAUGAAAUAAAUGGCUAUGUACUCAUCAGGCCCCGUGUGUGGGAUAUAGAUCUUAACAACAAAAUGAGAUAG